GGAAAAGCUGUAUUUGUUCAGUUAAGCCAGCACUGUUCUCUUUCACGAACGAUAGAUUUUCAAUAAGAAUCUGGGCGUGGUUAUUAAUUUGAAUAUCGUUCUGGGAAGAGCAACUAUGCUGCACUCAUUCUUGCCAAAGUUGGUUCUUCUGUGUGUAUUGCUGUGCGAUGUAAAUGCAGUAAAAAAAUGCUACAAUCUUAAAAAAGAUGGAUUGGUUCCAACGUACGUUGAUAAAGUGACGCCACAAUGCAAGGUGAAGUUCAGCAAAGAUGUUUCAGCUAAAUGUGGAAAUAAACUGCUAUUUGGUGCUACUGCUACCGAGCCAACUAUAAAGUUUAACUUGCCGCAGAGAAAUUGUAUAAACGGCACUAUUAUAUCAAUUGAUCCAGAUGCCAUUGGAGUGACACCUCCAUUUUUGCAUGAGUUGGCGACCAACAUUCCAAAGGAGUGUCUCAAGGAAGGGUAUAACUCAAACACUUGCAAAGCUGGGGACCUGCAAGCUCCUUUUGUUUCUCCUGGUGGCUGUGAAGUUCCACAAAGGUGUUUCAGCUAAAUGUGGGAAUAAACUGCUAUUUGGUCUUACUGGUACCGAACCGACCAUUAAGUUUAAGUUACCGAAGCGAAAUUGUAAAAACGCCACUAUUAUAUCAACUGACCCAGAUGCAUUCGAUGUGGUGGGGCCUCCAUUUUUGCAUGAGCUUGCGACGAACAUUCCAAAGAAGUGUCUCCAAAAAGGAUAUAAAUCAACUACCUGUAAAGCUGGGGACCUGCAAGCUCCUUUUGCUGUUCCUGGAAGCCCGAACCAUAGGUAUCUAUUUUGUGUCUACUGCCAGAAUGAAUAUAUCGAACCUCACCAUUAUGGUCCCUUAUCAAGUUAUAGAAUGAGAUUUAAUAAGGAAGAAUACGCAAGAAACCAUAGUCUCUCCAUCAAGGCUUGCAAUUUUUUCAGACUUUAAUUUGUUCCUGCUGUCACCAAUGCAAGCAACGUAUUGAAUUCCUAAAUGGUAAUUUUAGUGAAUAUAAAAGUUCAAAUGCAAAACAUGUUUGGUUUUCAUUUAAAUUUUUAUUCGAAAUGAAAAAGUUCUUUGAAUGUUGAUUGUGCUGAUUUUUUAAUAAAAGCUUUUUUAAGAAGCUGUGUAUGUUUUGGAUAUUUAUGGAUAAAAUAAAUCUGAAGUAUACAUUUUGAACGAAUUGUGAAAUAAAGAUGUUAUUGAUAUUUCAAUACUUCUGUUACCUCAAUAAUUUCCGAUCAUUUGUAAUUGUUUAUAUAAACUAUUAUUGAUUGGUAGUGAAGAAUGUGCAAUCAAAUAAAGCCUUUGAAAACG